UGUCCCUGCCCUGCACCGUCUCCAUAUAAAAGCGCCGCCACCUCCCCACCCGCCUUCACUCUCUCCCUGCUGCCUGCGGAGCCAUCGCCGAGCUGCCCCUGCCCCCUUAGCGCCCCGGAGCCGCGGGGCGGAGGCGAUGGCCACCGUAGUGGUGGAAGUGGACUCGGAGCCCUCCUGCAGCAUCCCCAACCCCACCUCCACCUCGCCCAGCCUCUCCCACCGCUUCCUGGACAGCAAGUUUUACCUGCUGGUGGUCAUCGGUGAGCUGGUGACAGAGGAGCACCUGCGGCGGGCCAUCGCCAACAUCGAGCGAGGAAUCCGAUCAUGGGACACGAACUUGGUCGAAUGCAACUUGGAUCAAGAACUGAAACUUUUUGUGUCUCGCCAUUCAGCUCGAUUCUCUCCUGAUGUUCGAGGUCAGAAGAUUCUUCACCACAGAAGUGAUAUCUUAGAAACUGUAGUCCUCAUCAAUCCCUCAGAUGAAGCAGUUAGUACUGAGGUGCGCUUAAUGAUCACAGAUGCUGCGAGGCACAAGCUCCUCGUUCUCACUGGACAGUGCUUUGAAAACACAGGAGAACUUAUUCUUCAGUCAGGAUCUUUCUCUUUCCAGAACUUCAUUGAGAUCUUCACAGAUCAAGAGAUUGGUGAAUUAUUGAGCACCACACACCCUGCCAACAAAGCCAGCCUAACUCUUUUCUGCCCUGAGGAAGGAGACUGGAAAAAUUCCAACCUUGACAGACACAACCUUCAAGACUUUAUAAACAUUAAACUCAACUCAGCUUCUAUAUUGCCUGAAAUGGAAGGACUCUCUGAAUUCACAGAAUAUCUGUCAGAAUCAGUAGAAGUGCCAUCACCUUUUGACAUUUUGGAACCUCCAACCUCAGGAGGUUUCUUGAAACUCUCCAAACCCUGCUGUUAUAUUUUCCCAGGGGGAAGAGGGGACUCUGCAUUGUUUGCAGUGAAUGGAUUCAAUAUGCUUAUCAAUGGAGGAUCUGAAAGAAAGUCCUGUUUUUGGAAACUUAUCCGGCACUUGGACAGAGUAGAUUCCAUUCUGCUUACUCACAUUGGAGAUGACAAUCUGCCUGGAAUCAAUAGCAUGCUUCAGCGAAAGAUAGCUGAACUAGAAGAAGAACAAUCCCAAGGGUCUACCACCAACAGUGACUGGAUGAAAAAUCUGAUCUCACCUGAUCUAGGAGUUGUAUUUCUUAAUGUACCUGAGAACCUGAAGAACCUGGAUCCUAAUUUUAGAGUCAAAAGGAGUGUAGAAGAAGCUUGUUUUACUCUCCAGUAUUUAAACAAAUUGUCUAUGAAACCAGAACCUCUUUUCAGAAAUACAGGAAAUACCAUUGACCCCAUAAUUUUAUUUCAGAAAAUGGGAGUUGGCAAGCUUGAGAUGUAUGUGCUUAAUCCUGUCAAAAGUAGCAAAGAGAUGCAAUAUUUUAUGCAGCAGUGGAGUGGUACUAACAAAGAUAAAGCUGAUUUCCUGCUACCAAAUGGCCAAGAACUAGACAUUCCAUUAUCCUAUUUCACCUCAGUCUCAUCCCUGAUUGUGUGGCACCCAGCUAAUCCUGCAGAAAAAAUAAUCCGAGUUCUGUUUCCUGGAAACAGCACCCAAUAUAAUAUUCUAGAAGGACUAGAAAAACUCAAACACUUAGACUUCCUUAAACAACCAAUGGUUACACAAAAAGAUCUAACUGGGAACAUUGCUAGUCCAGCUGUGAAACAAGCAAAGUUGAAACAACGAACAGACAGCAAGGAGAGUCUCAAGCCUGUGGCAAAGACACCACCAAAUAAGCCUGUGAGAAAGGAAUCUAAAGAGGAAACACCAGAGCCUGUGAAACCUAGUCUGGUACCAGAAAAGCCUCAGAAGUUGGAAAGCAAAGAAAAAGUUCCAGUUAAAAAAGAAAAACAAGCAAAAGUAGAGACCAAACCAAUAGUGGUGGAAAAAGACAUAGUAGCUAAAGAAGAACAAUUAGUAAAAUCUGAAACUCCUGAGAAACAAAGUACAGAUGUAAAACCAAAAGUGUCAAAGGAGAAGACAGUGAAAAAGGAAGUCAAAGGAAAACCUGAAGAAAAGAAAGAGGAAAAAGAAAAACCAAAGAAAGAGGUUUCUAAAAGAGAGGAGAAAACACCCAUCAAAAAAGAGGAGAAAACCCCCAUCAAAAAAGAGGAGAAACCAAAAAAAGAGGACAUCAAGAAAGAAGUUAAAAAGGAGGUGAAAAAAGAAGAGAAGAAAGAAACUAAGAAAGAAAUAAAGAAAGAAACUUCACAAAAAGAAGCUAAAAAAGAAGCUAAAAAAGAAGAGAAGAAGGAAAUUAAGAAGGAAGACAAAGAAGCCAAAAAGGACAUAAAAAAGAUUCCUAAAGAAACAAAGAAAACAGCUGCUGCUUCAAAUGAAGCCAAAAAGCCAGCAGCAAAGCCUAAACCACAAAAGAAAGAGGAACCUGCUAAAAAAGAAGUGAUACCUUCUGGAAAGCCAAAGGAAAAAGGAAAAGUUAAAACUGUGAAGAAGGACCUCAAAGUCAGUGGAACACAAGCUGCUCUUGCAGCAGUUGGGGCCAUAACUGUAGCAGCUGCAGAAAUUACCACUGGUGGAAAGGAGCUUGAAGCAGAGAGAUCCCUUAUGUCUUCACCAGAGGACUUAACAAAGGAUUUUGAGGAAUUAAAAGCUGAAGAAGUAGAAACAACAAAAGAAACAAAAGUUCAGGUUCCACUUAUAAAGGAUGAACUGAAACUCAGUGGCACAGUACAAAAAGAAAAAUUGGAUAAUGAAGGACCUGCCGAGUCCUCUGAUGAAGGCAUAACUACCACAGAAGCUGAGGGUGAAUGUGAACAGACGCCUGAAGAACUGGAACCUGUGGGAAAGCACAGCAUUGAUGACAAUGAAAAGUUUGAAGAUGAGGGAACUGGUUUGGAAGAAUCAUCUGAAGCAGGAGAUUAUGAAGAAAAGGCAGAGACAGAAGAAGCUGAAGAACGAGAUGAAAAUGAAGAAGAAAAGACAUGUCUGGAUGCCACAAAACUGUACAAGCAAGAAGCAAGAAAAGUUGCAGAUGGCUCUGGACAAAUGAUGACUGGAGUAGAGGCUAACAUUAAAGAUGAAAAGUAUAUUGAAAAAGCGGAUUACGAGGCAUCCGAUGAACGGGCUGAAGAGGACAGAGAAGAAGCAAUAGAAAAGGCAGAAACUGAAGAGACUGAAGAAGAUGAGGAAGACAAAGCAGAAGACAUCAGAGAUGAAGAGGAAACUGAAAAAAUAGAAACCGAAGAAGAUUAUGUGAUGGCCGUGGUAGACAAAGCUGCAGAAUCAGGUGAAACUGAAGAUAAAUAUGGCUUACUCAUAAUUACACCAACUAAACGAUCAGAGUCUCAGUCUCCAGUAAUUGAACCAGCCUCUUCUAUCCAUGAUGAAACACUACCUGGUGGUUCAGAAAGUGAAGCCACUGUUUCUGAUGAAGAAAACAGAGAAGAUCAACCUGAGGAAUUUACUGCUACUUCAGGUUACACACAGUCCACCAUUGAAAUAUCCAGUGAACCAACUCCAAUGGAUGAAAUGUCGACACCCCGAGAUGUCAUGAGUGAUGAAACUAACAAUGAGGAAAGUGAGUCACCCUCUCAGGAGUAUGUGAACAUCACCAAGUAUGAGACAUCACUGUACUCUCAAGAGUUUGGCAGACCUAAACUUUCUCCACUUCCAGAUGCUUUUAAUGGAUUAUCUGAAGGAUCCAAAACAGAGGCCACAGAAGGUAAGGAUUAUAAUGCCUCAGCUUCCACCAUCUCACCACCUUCUUCAUUAGAGGAAGACAAAUUCUGCAAAUCUGCGUUCCAAGAUGUAUACCAACAAAAAGAAAGUGAAAUCCAUGGCACUGCCAAAAUGGACAUCAGAGAACCCUAUCAAGAAGAUAUUGAUGGAAAACAUACUUCAGCCAAGAGUCCAGCUGCCAGUUUGUCCCCUCCAUCACCUGUUGCCAAAACACCACUGGGUGAACGUAGUGUGAACUUUUCACUUACUCCCAAUGAGAUCAAGGUCCCUUCUGAGUCAGUCCCUGUUGCUAGAUUGCCCGAUGUACACCAAGAAAUUGCUGAGGAGCACUGUGCAAGCCCUGAAGAUAAAACGUUAGAAGUAGCAUCUCCCUCACAGUCUGCUGCUGGUAGUGCUGGCCACACACCUUAUUAUCAGUCUCCCACUGAUGAAAAGUCCAGUCAGCUUCCCUGUGAGACCAGUGAAAAGUCAACAGAAGCACCUGUUAGCUUUGAGUUCAGUGAAGUCAAAGAUGACUCUGCAAAAUGCAGAAUAAGCCCAAUGGAUGAGCCUGUGCCAGAUUCAGAAUCUCCUAUUGAAAAAGUUCUCUCGCCUCUACGGAGUCCACCACUGAUAGGUUCAGAGACCACUUAUGAUACAUUUUUGAGUGCUGAUUUAAUGUCUCCCGCCAGGGAUUAUGGAAGUCCUUCUGAGGGGAAACCUGAAAAAGAAAAAUCACCUGUUCAGAUGAGUCCAGCUUCAGAAGCCAGCUCUGUGGGCCUUUUCCAAGAAAGACAAGAUGAAAAAAGCAUGGAGUUUAUGGUAAUUAGGGAAGGCUUCAGCCUGGAAAGGAAAAUGGAGGAUACAGAACCCAGCAGCUCUCAGUCUUCACUGGUCUUGCAUGAGCGGAAGUUAGCAGAUGAUCUCUCACCGACUCAAGUAGAUAUUAGUCAGUUUGGCUCUUUAAAAGAAGAUACCAAAAUGUCAAUUUCUGAAGGCACUGUUUCUGACAAGUCUGCUACUCCUGUUGACGAGGUUGUCGCAGAAGACACCUAUUCCCAUAUAGAAGGAGUAGCUUCUGUCUCUACAGCAUCUGUUGCCACUAGUUCAUUUCCAGAACCAACUACUGAUGAUGUAUCUCCUUCUUUGCAUGCUGAGGUUGGUUCUCCCCAUUCUACUGAAGUUGAUGAUUCCCUUUCAGUGUCAGUUGUACAAACACCAACAACUUUUCAGGAAACAGAAAUGUCUCCAUCUAAAGAAGAGUGCCCAAGGCCCAUGUCGAUUUCUCCACCAGAUUUCUCACCUAAAACUGCAAAAUCAAGAACACCUGUGCAUGAUCACAGAUCUCCUGAGCAGUCAGUUAUGUCAGUAGGAUAUGGUCGGGAGUCCCCUGAGCAGUCUUUAGCAAUAGACUUUACUAGGCAGUCUCCAGAAUAUCCUGCUGUAGGCACUACUAUACACCAUAUAUCUGAAAAUGGACCAACAGAAGUAGAUUAUAGCCCUUCAGAUAUACAGGAGCCUCCUUUCGCACAGAAAAUUUCCCCCAUGGAGCAGUCAUCUUACUCUCAAGAGAAGGAUAUUUCAGAAAUUAUUUCAGUUUCUCAAAUUGAAGCUUCAUCCUCAACUUCAUCUGCUCAUACACCUUCCCAGGUAGCUUCACCACUGCCAGAGGAAACUUUUUCAGGUGCUGUUCCACACAGAGAUAUGUCACUAUAUUCUUCUUUUACCUCAGAAAAGGUGCAGAGCCUGGGAGAAAAGCUGUCACCAAAAUCUGACCUAUCUCCAUUAACUCCGAGGGAAUCUUCUCCUCUGUAUUCUCCUACUUUUCCAGAUUCACCUCCUGCAAGCAAAGAAGCAGUAUCAACUAGUGACACACAUUUGUUGUCACAGCAAGUGUCCUCUGUCAAAGCCGUUGGUUAUCAGGAAUCCCUAACAAAGCACAGUCCAGAACCUUUACUGAGCCCACAGAAAGAAGAUUCAGAGAAAAGCAGCAGGUCACCUGAAGAACUUAGUUAUUCAUAUGAGGCCAGAGAGAAAACUACUAGGUCACCAGAGAAUAUUAGCUAUUCCUAUGAGGCAGUUGGAAAAUCUACUAAAUCACCUCAAGGUAGGGAUUAUUCCUAUGAGACAACCAGAAAAACUGCUAGGUCACCUGAAGCCACAGAUUAUUGCUAUGAGAUAACCAGGAACACUACUAGGUCACCUGAGGGUACAGAUUAUUCCUAUGAGAUAAUUGCAAAAAAUAUGAGGUCAUCUGAGGUCACAGAUUAUUCUUAUCAGAUAACAGGGAAAACCACCAGGUCACCAGGGGCCCCAGAUUAUUCCUAUGAGACAGUUGGGAAAAUCACCAAAUCACCUGAGACCACAGAUUAUUCCUAUGAGAUAACUGGGAAAGCUACCAGAUCACCUGAUUCUAUGGAUUACUCCUAUGAGACAAGGAAAACCUCUAAGUCACCAGAAGCUGUUGGCUACUGCUAUGAGACAACUGGGAAGGCCUCCAGUUCACCUGAAGCCACAGAUUACUCAUUUGAGACAACUGGGAGAGCCACCAGGUCUCCCGAAGCUACCAGCUAUUCCUAUGACACAAGCGCACAUUUCACUCCAAGUAAAUCGUUAGCAGAAUCCCGUCAAGAUGUUGACUUAUGCCUUGUGUCCUCUUGUGAGUAUAAACAUCCCAAAACUGAACUUUCACCCUCAUUUAUCAACCCAAAUCCCCUUGAGUGGUUUGCAAAUGAAGAACAGUCUCAAGAUCAAGAGAAGCCUCCAACUCAGUCUGGGGGAGCUCAUCCACCUUCUGGAGGAAAGCAGCAAGGGCGGCAGUGUGAUGAAACCCCUCCCACAUCUGUAAGCGAGUCUGCCCCAUCUCAGACUGAUUCAGAUGUUCCCCCGGAGACUGAGGAAUGUCCUUCCAUCACUGCAGAUGCUAACAUUGACUCAGAAGAUGAGUCAGAAACCAUUCCAACGGACAAGACAAUUACGUACAAACACAUUGACCCACCGCCUGUCCCAAUGCAGGAUCGCAGCCCUUCCCCUAGGCACCCUGAUGUUACCAUGGUUGAUCCAGAAGCUCUGCCAGUUGAUCAGAAUUUAGGUAAACCUUUGAAGAAGGACCUCAAAGAAAAGACAAAGACGAAAAAGCAGGGUACAAAGGCCAAGUCAUCUUCUCCUGUUAAAAAAAGUGAUGGUAAAUCAAAACAAGUGGCUUCACCAAAGCCAGCUAUAAAAGAAUCUUUAGAUAAAAUUUCCAGAACAGCUUCUCCAAAAAAGAAGGAAUCUGUGGAGAAGGCAACCAAAAAUAUCUCUAAUCCAGAAGUAAAGUCUCGAGUGGAAGAGAAAGACAAAGACACCAAGAAUGCAGCAAAUACAACAACAUCCAAGUCAGCAAAGACUGCAACCACAGGACCUGGGAAUACUAAGGUGACAAAAUCUUCAGCAGUGCCUCCUGGACCUCCAGUGUAUUUGGAUCUGGUAUACAUUCCCAACCAUAGCAAUAGCAAGAAUGUUGAUGUUGAGUUUUUCAAGAGGGUGCGGUCGUCCUACUAUGUUGUGAGCGGGAAUGAUUCUGCAGCCGAGGAGCCAAGCAGGGCUGUUCUGGACUCCCUGCUGGAGGGCAAGGCACAGUGGGAGAGUAACAUGCAGGUGACAUUAAUCCCAACACAUGACUCAGAAGUGAUGAGGGAAUGGUACCAAGAGACCCAUGAGAAACAGCAGGACCUCAACAUUAUGGUUUUGGCAAGCAGCAGCACUGUCGUUAUGCAAGAUGAAUCUUUUCCUGCAUGCAAGAUUGAACUGUAAGAACAAGACCAUGCACCACAAGACUAAACUUUGCUUCCAGAAAUUCUUCAAGUUGAAAACACCUUUUCUAAAACUUCAACUCGUCUAUUUCAACUGCUGAACUAUAUACUUGCCAAAUGCUAUACUGUGUCACAGUGAUGCAAGUCACUAAUAUUUUUCAGUCUUUGUUGAUUGCUAAGGGAAAUAACAGUCUUCCCAUAGUAGAGUACAAAUUACUGCGAAAAUACAGUUCCAGUUGCAUCUCUGCUGAACAUCUGGAAACCAUGCACUAGCAACCCCAACUGACUUCUGCCAGGUAGAGGCAUUUGCCCUCUAAAGAAACACAAAGAGAGAGAGGGGUAGGAGGAGAACAUAGUAAAUAAUUAGGUCUGCAUUAGUCUCAUGGCAAUAGAUGUAUCGCUUACUGCAGUCUGCUUAUAUUCUUACAUGAGAAGAAAGUUUUAAAUUUGUAUUAAUCUGAGCUAUCACUAUGGGGAUCCUUUUUUUAAAGAAUUAAGUUAGCUCAAAAAUAAAAAGAAAUGGAACGUAGCUAGGAAGGGAUGUACAGCCUAAUCACUCAUCAGCAGUUUUCUACUUUAAUUUGAACUUUGCAUACUGACAUACCAUAACAAUUAUAGGCCAAAUAUGCAUGUAGUCUGCACCCCAUCCAGAAGUCUAGAACCUUUUUUCAACAUGCAGAAUUUUGGUCUAAGGCAUGCUUCCAGUGAAAGCCCACUCACUCCAGCCAGAACUGACCAGUCCACAUGCUUGAACACCCAUGUCCACUGUCAAUUAACUGAAGCAAAAUACCAAAGCAGUCGGGAAUACAUACAGUAGACAAUUUGCCUUAGAAAGUGACUUGAAUGUACAAAGAAACUUGAUGCACUUAUUUUUUAAUGCUGAGACAGCGAAUUUAUAAAACAUUGGUGUAGGAUCAUAGUUACAGCAGUAAAGAAGUGUGAAUGUGCAUGUGUGGCAUUAGGAACCUAUCUGACUGGUCAAACGGUUUGGUGCUAUCAAUUACAUUUGUUAAUUAUGUGAACACUUCAUUGAUGCACUUGGACAGCGCAACAAGGCAAGAUGAGCAUUUUUUUGAAAGUUUCUUUCGUACUGUAGAAGCAAGAUUGAAGUGCUGUCCAGUAUCAGAGUUACAAAACUUAGUGAAACAUUCAGAAUGACGAAAAAGGUUACCUGCGAACCUGAACAGUAUUCAACCUUCCUUUGUCUUACCUUAUUUUAUUUGUUUAAUUUAAGAGUGAACAUGGGAACAAAUAUACAGAAACCUUUUUUUUUAGUGCUGCGUGGACUUUUAAUACAUGAUCUUUUAACAAACAUUUUCAUUUGCAGGUAAAUGCAAAGAAAAAUUUUUCAGGUGAAGGCAAUUUUUUUAGUAGCUUUGUAAGAUAAAUGAAUAAUGUUGUUUAAGAUUCUAGUGAGAAUGGAUAUUGAGGUACAAUUUAUUGAAAACAGUCAACUGCCAGUACCUUUCACGUGGGAGGGGAGUGGAAGGACACCGCGGUUAUAAAAUUAUUCUACUGAUGACAGAAAAUGGGAUUUGAGGAGUUGAUUCCCUAACACUUACAAGGGUGUAACCUACAUUCUCAGCCCUCAUAAGAUCUUGAAAAAA